GCCCAUUGUAGAGAGCGGAGGAAACCCUGUGCAGAGCAGCAGCCAUCUUGGACAGGCAGAGAUCAGACACUUGAGUCAGGAUAACCUGCAGUCCUCCUCUGAACAGCUCUCCAGCACACCGCGAGACACACGGACUACCUGAGCCACAAUGGCCACCGCACCGUACAACUACUCCUACAUUUUCAAAUACAUCAUUAUCGGGGACAUGGGGGUAGGGAAGUCAUGUUUGCUCCACCAGUUCACAGAAAAGAAAUUCAUGGCCGAUUGCCCCCACACGAUUGGCGUGGAGUUUGGUACGAGGAUAAUUGAGGUGAGCGGCCAGAAGAUCAAGCUGCAGAUUUGGGACACAGCGGGACAAGAACGCUUCAGGGCCGUCACCCGCUCCUACUACCGCGGAGCCGCAGGGGCGCUCAUGGUCUACGACAUCACCAGGAGAAGCACGUACAACCACCUCAGCAGCUGGCUGACUGACGCCAGAAACCUCACCAACCCCAAUACUGUGAUCAUUCUCAUAGGAAACAAAGCAGACCUGGAGGCCCAGAGGGACGUCACGUAUGAGGAAGCGAAGCAGUUUGCUGAGGAGAACGGUCUGUUGUUUCUGGAAGCCAGCGCAAAAACAGGUGAAAACGUCGAGGACGCCUUCCUGGAAGCGGCUAAGAAGAUCUACCAGAACAUCCAAGACGGCAGCCUGGACCUGAACGCCGCAGAGUCGGGGGUCCAGCACAAGCCGUCGGCUCCUCAGGGCGGCCGGCUAACCAGCGAACCACAGCCCCAGAGGGAAGGCUGCGGGUGCUAAUGACCAAGCAAACCCCCUUCAUCCUCCCUUCCUCUCCGUCUGUCCUGCCCGCCCUCCCUCAACCAUCCCUAACCACCCCCACCACCCUCCAUCCAUUCCUCCACCUCCGUACGUCCAUCCACCCUCCUCCCUCACUGCACUGCAUGAGAGCAGGGCUGCGGAGGGAAGGAACGGAGGACGGGUAUCGACUUGGGCCAGACUGAGCUGGGCUGUGUGGACUACAUCUCUCCCCUCCUCCUCCUCCUCUUACUCCUCUCUGUCUCCCUUCGUUGCUGUCUCACUCCUCCUCCUCUCUAAACUCUGUCAGUGUGUUGUCGUCCCAUAACUCUCCUCUUUCGCUCCCCUCCGCUCCUCUUGCACCAUUCAGUCUAGUUCCCCCCCCGUCAUAGUAUCGUAGACGCCACCACGCAUCACACGGGUUACUGACACUUUAGAUAGACGUAACGUUCAUACGAUAAUGAUAAACCGAGACUGUUUUUUAUGUUUGGUUUUAUAGCUAUAUAUAUGACAUGUAAACACUGCAUUAAGUUUCACCCACCACUGAUCAGUUCUGUAUGAAUCCGAUCUAAAUUAUACUAUCAAAAACUCCUGACGUCUGGUUUACCAAUCUAGCGUUUUAUCGAGACGCGCGGGUGCGAUAACUCGCUCGGCGGUUAAUUUUUGCGGGAAGGCAAUGAAGUAGUGCAUCAUGCAGCCACACACCGGUAUGUGUAUGUGUGUGUCAAAGAAUAUGUGGCCGAGUGAGCUUUUUCAGCAGGAUUCAAACCGGCUCGUGGCUUUUAAUUCUGUUUCUCGGCACAAAGAGAGGCUGAUGUUCUCAGGAGAGAGAAGGAAAAAUCAGUUAGAAAACCAGGAAUUUCCCACAAAUUCCUUGAAGGUAAUUCCCUCAGUCUCUCCUCUGAGAUAUCACAGGAAGGAAUAUUGGGUGUUUUCCAGCUUGUUUGUGAGUGUCUGUGUGUUAAGAAGUUGGAUGGAAGUUUCAUUUGACUAAAAAAAAAACAUCUGUUUUUGACAGAAAGAUUCAUUCACAUCAAUUUCUUUGCACCAGCUCUCCCUCUCCUCACCCGUCCGACCCCCUCACAACUCCCCCCCCCAGGUCAUAUCAACAGGUCUUUACCAGCAUUUUCUUUGUCAUUGUUUGUUGCCUUAUUAUAAUUAAUGUUAUUAAUCUUUAUUGUAUUGCUGCACUCGCUCUUCACCCUGCUGUUGGAGUCAAUAAAUCAAUUUUUUCUUUUUUCUUUUAGAUUAAUUAUUGCGUUUUACUGGAGAAUAAAAAUGCAAGUGGUGGCUCACAUAGUCAAAAUAUCUCAAAAAGUUAUCCGCAGCAUGGUCUUAAAACUGUCAACACUCCUUUAUCUCAAGUGCUGCACUGAAGAGCUGAUCAUUUGGGCGGUUGUUCCUCUGCCUUGUAUAAUACAACACCAAGCAGCAUGCCCCCCCCGAAACACGUGAAAUCGUCAAAAUCCAAUUAUUCUUUUUUUUCCAAGUACAAUUUUUCUGUACCAUAGAGUGAUCCCCUGAUUGGACAGCUGUAUAUAUUGCUUCUUAACUAUUGGUGAUGACCUCGCUACUUUACGAUUUAGAAAUUUAUUUGCUGGCUCUGCCGAGAUCUGUACAGUUGAUGUGCUAGUGGGUUGCCUGUAAUUCAUGCUUGGGAAAUUCUGUAACAUAGUUUCUAUUAAUAAAUGUAUGUAAAGGACAGACACCUAGACGCCCCCCCCUAACCACCCCAUCUGCACACUACUGAACCUGUCGAUGGGUUGAGGGGAGAGGAAGUGGAUUGAUAUGAUGUGCAAACUAGUAUUUAUGUCUGCAAAAUUCCUCACAUUUCUGUACGGAGUGGAGAAUGGGGCACUUUUAUGUUUAUAUUCGGUUUUCUUUUUUUCCCACCCCGUCAUCGCUCCCUCCACAUGGGAGGGGCCUGCAUCGCUGUCUUAACUUUUUGGGGAGUGGGGAUUGGUUUGUUAUUGUGGGAAGUUGGUGGGCUGGGUCUUCCUUUUUCCUGUGUCCCACCUCUUUUGCAGUCUGAGUGACCACUUCCUGCUUUUGUCUGUCCACAAGUACAAAAAAAAAAAGUACAUAUGUAUAAAUUUUUAAGGAGCUGUGCUAACAUUUAAAUGCGUUCUUGAGUGUAUAUGAUUUUAAAAAUGUUGACAUUUUGAUUUUAAUGACAAAAUACUCUAGACAGAAAAAAUAAAUUAUACAUAACCUGUU